AUGGCUUCACAGUCUCCCCACGGAGCGGGACCGAGCAGGUCGUACUCGCCCGCGCCAGGGUCAUCGCGAAUGACCACUCCGUCCGCUCCGCCGGGCACCGCUCCCUCCCCUUCUUCCACUUCGUCGACCAGCGCCAACCCUUCCCGCAUGUCCCCGCCACGAACCUCGUCGUCUCGCUCUCACUACUCCCCCCUCGCGACCCCGUCCGACCCGCUCGCCUCAUGCUCCACCACGCCCCUCUCCUCCCCCAGCCUCUCAAGGCCCUCAGCGCUCUCAAUCCGUCCACACCACUACGACCCCUCGCACGCCUCUCACUCCACAACCCGCAUGCGCGCGCGGUCGAUAAAUUCAGGAAAGGGCGUCGCGGUGCCGGUUCAAUUGCCGCAUCUCUCGCCUACACUCGUGGGAAGCCCGGUCUUGCCGGGCAUGAGUAGCUUCCUCGAGACGGGGCGCGAGGCGGAAGGGUAUGGGAUCUCGCCGCUCGCGAGGCAGAGACAGGAACAUGAUAGGCGGAUCAGGUUCAAUCCCGAGGUGGGUGUGGAUGAGGCGGGCGGUGCGAAUGCUUCGUCGGCGGAAGGGACGGAAGAGUCUGGCUCGACGCAGUCUGAUACGCCCCCUCAGACGCCGCAGGACGAGUAUGACGAGGUGGAGGGAGGACCGAGGGUGUGGGUUGAGCCGCCCAGUCGGAGGGGGAGCAACGUGGGUUACUACGAAGACGAGCGCGAGGCCUGGCGUACGGGUGGCGAGCCAGACGACGAAGCGCAGUCGCUCAUCGCCAAGCCGGACAUCAACACGCGCAACCGGAGCAAGAGUCUCGAGGGUAUGACGAGGAUGAGCCUCAGGCGCGGAAAGAGCUUCACGAGUCUUGUCCCGCCGAGUCCGGUCAAGGAGCGGAAGGACCCGUUUGCGGCGGCGAACGUUCCGGCGCAGGCGGUCCCGCCGCCCAUCUUUGAGCAGUUCGAGCCGCCUCCGACGCCUGACGCCUUGUCUGAUGCCGAGACUGGCGAGGGCGCGACGCUCUAUCCUCCUGCGACUGGCUACGCCGCGACUCCCCUCGCUGCGACGCCCAAAACCCUCCGCGACUUCAUCCCGCAACUCGCGAUCCUCGUCUCGCUUUUCCUCUCGUCCUUCGCCGUGAUCGCCUUCACCAUCUCGACCCUUCCCGGUCUCUUCCUCCCUCACUCAGUCUCCGACCUGCCCGCCCUCACAGCAACCCUGACAAAAUACCGUGCCUCGUCCUUCCUCGCCGAAUUGCACCUCUUCACAGUCCUCACCCUCCUCUUCCUCUGGAAACAAUGCUUCUCGAUCCCAGGGAGCGUGUUGACGAACAUCUUGUUCGGAGCGCUGUAUGGGACGACGGUCGGCACGUGGUGGGCUUGUUUGUGGACUGCGGCGGGGAGUACGGGCGCGUACGCGAUCGCUCUCGUUAUCGCUCCUCUCGUCGAGUAUUACUUUGCCAAACCGCUCGACAUGACUCGCAAAGCACUCAAGCUCCCCCGCCCCGGCCUCGCGCCUCCUCCGCCCGGCGUCGCGCAACAAGCCGUAGCGCCCUUGUCGAGCUCCGACUUGUUCUCGCACUUGCUGCUGGCGAGGUUCUUCCCCUUGUUGCCUUACAGCGUUCUGAACGUCAUCUCCGGCGUCCUCCGCCUCCCCCUCGGACCCUUCUUCACGACCCUCCUAAUCGGCUCAUUCCCCUUCAACUUCGCCACCGUCUCAAUCGGCAACCUCGUCGCGCUCGCCGCCUCAGACCCGUCCGUUCCGUUGGGCGACAAGAUCUGGUCCCGCCAAGUCGUGCUCAAACUCGUCGCUGUGACACUCGUCUCGGUCCUCCCUCUCGCGUUCAAGGACCACCUCAAGCGCGCGCUGAGUAACGGCGGAUCGGUCGCCUUCGCCUUGGAACGCGCGAAGGACGGCUUGGCCCGAAGCCUAUUCGGAUUCGGCGCCGUACCCUCCGUCUCCACCACUCCCGCGCGCCAUCAGUCCACCCUCACUACCGGCGGCCCGAGAAGCUGGAAACGCAAGGUGUCGAGCUCGAUCGGCUCGGGCGCAAGCGACCUCUUUGCGUUCCUCGGAGUGCACUCCGGGUCGCGCGGAGUGUACGAGCGCGUGGCGACGCAGGGAGAGGGAGGGACGGGGGUGUUGGAUGAGGUUGAGAUGGGCGGGAUCGAGGACGAUGUGGGGUUGUAUGAUCAGUAA